GCGCGCUCUCUCUGUUUACCGCGCGGUACUGUGGCCGGCGAGCGCCUCGCACUCACGUGUGUAUCGCGAAAUCGAGUUUUCCGGCGGCUGCCGACCUGCAUUAGCAGCCUAUGGUGUUUUCCAAAAGUUUAUUGGUGCUAAUUCGUGCCGGGUGUUAAGAUAACAUUGCAGGGUCCGACGGAUAGUUCGAGCGUUCCUAUUUCGGUCCUGCUCAUAAAAAUUAUAGGUGUUUUCGGCGGAUGCGAUGAAUAAAUUUUGCAAAUCGAGUCUGUGUGUCGAAAAGGUUCGUGAGAGCUAUGUUUUGAUCGGUCGGCGUGUUGUGGCUGUGCCGGGCGGUGCGGAUGCGUUUCGGCUCGGGUUCCUGCUGCCGGUAUCAGUGAAAUUGCGACAGUGUUACCAAUUCUUGACCCUGAGGGUACUGGAUCUCGGAGACGGAGUCGGAGCUGUAAACAAGGACUUGAUCCAGAUGCUUCACGCUGUGCCUGGCACAUGUUAAGAUAGCGUCACGUCGUUACCAACGUUACCUCCCUGUGAAGACUUCUAAUCGGAAGACUUAAGUGCCAUUGGGAACCAGUUUACCACAAUCAGUGAUAUUUAGCGUUAGGACAUAGUGAUAGUGCGUAAUCGUGAUAUAGACUUAGUGUUUAUUCGUUGACCGAUAGUUUUAGCGUGAAACGUAACCAAAAAGAAGCGAAGCUGGCUCCUUACAAGGAUAUAAUGAAUUCGUCGAGCAUAAGCUCAGCUGUGCCGACGAUUAAAUGUGAGGACACUUCCCCGUCGCCGACGGCUGCGGUGGGUACGGACGGGGAGUCGGGGGCGUAUCUAAGUGUGAACGUGAACCUCAGCGCUGCCAUGAUGAAUCUCCUCGCGGCAGAGGGCGCCGGCAACUCCACGCUACGGACACCUGAGAUUGUUAACGAUGUCAUCACCAUGACAAAUCCUCUAGAUCAGUACAAUUACGAUAAAAAUUCUAGUUUCAAGAAUGCGAUAUGUCAAGACUCAAAUUCUUCAAUGUCUAACAGCUCCUCUGUUACUUCACCAGCAUCAGGCACUCCGCCCAGCAUACAAAAGACGUGUUCGGAAUUAAUAAAGGCUGGUUUAAAGUUAUCCAUAGAGUCGAAGAGGAAGAUGUCAGGCAGCGACACAGAUGGAGGAUUCAAGCGGCUUAAGAAGGAGGAAAGCGAUGAUGACUAUGAUAGCAGUCAUACGCAAGCACCUAAAAACGAGUUAACACCUGAAGAUGAAGAGCGAAGACGGCGCAGAAGAGAAAGAAAUAAAAUAGCAGCUACGAAGUGCAGGAUGAAGAAAAGGGAAAGAACUGUGAAUUUGGUGAAUGAAAGUGAAGUUCUCGAAACACAAAAUAUAGACCUAAAGGCGCAAUUGAAGGAUCUCGAAGUUCAGAAACGGCAGCUGAUUGACAUGUUAUCACUGCACGCGGCAUCCUGCGUCAAGAACAAUUCGAAUGCGAGGACGUCGCCUUCAACACCCUACAACAUGAUUCGAACAUUUGAAUCACCGACAACAUUCCCAGUCUCCUUCGACACCCACUCACCGUACAUACGGCCAGAGUCAGCGAACAUACUCGCUUCAAGCUACACGUGUGCCACACCCAUCAACGGAGACUCCAUAGACACCAUAUCGUCACUCGAAACGACGUACUUGACUCCGCAGACAAUAGACGUCGAGUACAACAGACCGGACAGUGUCCUUAGUCUUCCUCCAAACUCUGACGCAGGUUAUAUAACCACUGAUGGUUACUUGCCGAAAACGACCACGAUUUUGGGUACGAUGGAGCCAGAGGCGGAAUAUUAUGAAUCUGAGUUAACCUAUGUGAGUCCCCAGCAAUGCCAUAGCUAUCCGAGCAACAUUCAAGACAGCCAAUCAAAACUCAGUAACAAUCUAAACGACGGCUGUCUCGUUUAGUGGCGGGCGAUAUUACAAUACGGGGUCCAAAAUUACUUUCACACGUAUACGUAUAGUUUAGACCUUGGAAUAAAAGAAUGUUUCAUCCCUUAUUAAAUCGCAUUCGUUUGAAUUUCGAUUCGUUAUUAAAGCUAGUUAUAUUUUUUGAUGUAUUAGAAGCACAUCUUUCUUGAUUUGUCACGCCAGUCGUCGGAAAGGUAUUAUUUCGAAACGAAAUCGUAUGUCUACUGUGUAGAACAACAACGUAGAGUAGGGAGCUGUAACGUAACAGUUACGUGCUGUAGUAACAACUGGAUAUAUCAGAUAUUUGCCGCAAUGCGGCGUUUGCGAUGUCACAUCAUACGUUUAAUUUAUUGUUUUAAUAUUUCAAGUGUUGUGAAAUAAUAAAAAUCACCAUUACCGAGUAACAUUCAAUAGGACUGUGUAACAGUUGGUAGGUAGGUAUAUAUUUUAUUUUUACUAUAGAAUAACUAAUAUUAUCGCAUUCGUUAUAUCCUUUCGUUCGUUAAGUUCUAUAAUUUUGCUUUGAUCUGUACAAAAUAUUUAUCUAAUUAUUAGAUCUGAUUAAUUUAAUGGCGGUGCAAUUGUUGGAAAGAUUGGUUGUAAAUAUCCCUUCAAUAGCUACCUAUGUAUGUCUAGUCGCCAAUAAUGACGCCAAAUUAAAAAUACAUGCAUCACAUGAUAAUAUAUAGUAUCUUUCAGUACAAUUUAACAAAAGAUACCUCCUGUUGAAGUUCCGUAUAUUUUAUUUUACAUAGAAAUAUAUUCACAGAUUAUAUCGGGAUACUGAUAUUCCAUUGUACGUUGUUCGCGUAAGGUUAGAUGUAAGACGCUUUAACUCAGAUUAAGUCGUGAUAAUAUAACUUGUUAUCGAUAAAUUACUUAAGUUUAGAAUUAUUGCGUAUUCAGCUUACAUUACUAAUAAUUAUAAUA